GCAGCUGCCGGAGAGCCGGCCGCUGCCCCCUCGUCGCCCUUGGUGCCUUAUCACACUCCCCUUCUCGGAGCUGGGAGCAGCGCGGGCAGCCGACGCCCCCGUGCAAACUGGGGGUGUCUGCUGGAGCAGCCCCCGCCGCCGCCGCUGCUGCCCCCGGCUCUGGCCAUGGCCUGGCGGGGCGCGGGGUCGAGCGUCCCGGGGGCGCCCGGGGGCGUCGGUCUCAGUCUGCGGCUGCUGCUGCUGUUGCUGCUACUCCUGGGGCCGGCGCGGGGCUUCGGGGACGAGGAGGAGCGGCGGUGCGACCCCAUCCGCAUCUCCAUGUGCCAGAACCUGGGCUACAACGUGACCAAGAUGCCCAACCUGGUGGGGCACGAGCUGCAGACGGACGCCGAGCUGCAGCUGACAACGUUCACGCCUCUCAUCCAGUACGGCUGCUCCAGCCAGCUGCAGUUCUUCCUUUGUUCGGUUUAUGUGCCAAUGUGCACAGAGAAGAUCAACAUCCCCAUCGGCCCGUGCGGCGGCAUGUGUCUUUCAGUCAAGAGACGCUGUGAACCUGUCCUGAAGGAAUUUGGAUUUGCCUGGCCGGAGAGCCUGAACUGCAGCAAAUUCCCGCCACAGAAUGACCACAACCACAUGUGCAUGGAAGGGCCGGGUGACGAGGAGGUGCCGUUACCCCACAAAACCCCCAUCCAGCCUGGGGAAGAGUGCCAUUCCGUGGGAGCCAAUUCCGAUCAGUACAUCUGGGUGAAAAGGAGCCUGAACUGCGUUCUCAAGUGUGGCUACGAUGCUGGCUUGUACAGCCGCUCGGCCAAGGAGUUCACCGAUAUCUGGAUGGCAGUGUGGGCCAGCCUGUGCUUCAUCUCCACCGCCUUCACGGUGCUGACUUUCCUCAUCGAUUCUUCCAGGUUUUCCUACCCUGAGCGCCCCAUCAUAUUUCUCAGUAUGUGCUAUAAUAUUUAUAGCAUUGCUUAUAUUGUCAGGCUGACUGUAGGCCGGGAAAGGAUAUCCUGCGAUUUUGAAGAGGCAGCAGAACCUGUUCUCAUCCAAGAAGGACUUAAGAACACAGGAUGUGCAAUCAUUUUCUUGCUGAUGUACUUUUUUGGAAUGGCCAGUUCCAUCUGGUGGGUUAUUCUGACACUCACUUGGUUCUUGGCAGCCGGACUCAAAUGGGGUCAUGAAGCCAUUGAAAUGCACAGCUCUUAUUUCCACAUUGCAGCCUGGGCCAUCCCUGCAGUGAAAACCAUUGUCAUCUUGAUUAUGAGACUAGUGGAUGCUGAUGAACUAACUGGCCUGUGCUAUGUUGGGAACCAAAACCUUGAUGCCCUCACGGGGUUUGUGGUGGCUCCUCUCUUCACUUACUUAGUAAUCGGAACUUUGUUCAUUGCUGCGGGUUUGGUGGCCUUGUUCAAAAUUCGGUCAAAUCUUCAAAAGGAUGGGACAAAGACGGACAAGUUGGAAAGGCUGAUGGUCAAGAUUGGGGUCUUCUCAGUCCUGUACACAGUUCCUGCAACCUGUGUGAUUGCCUGUUAUUUCUACGAAAUCUCCAACUGGGCUCUCUUCCGGUAUUCUGCAGAUGACUCCAAUAUGGCAGUUGAAAUGUUGAAAAUUUUUAUGUCUUUGCUGGUGGGCAUCACUUCGGGCAUGUGGAUUUGGUCUGCCAAAACUCUUCACACGUGGCAGAAGUGUUCCAACAGAUUGGUGAAUUCUGGGAAGGUAAAGAGAGAAAAGAGAGGGAAUGGUUGGGUGAAGCCUGGGAAAGGCAAUGAAACUGUAGUAUAAGGCUAGCCAGCCUCCACGCCUUCCAAAUUUUGAAGGGGGGGAAUGCCAGCAUUUCGGUGCAAAUGCUACUUAAAGUUUCAUGCAAUGAAUCUCAGUUUGAACAAACUAGCAACACUUAAGUGACCCCCGUAACCCACCACCACUCGCCCCCUCCUCACCAGCAUCAUAAAACUAAUGAUUUUGCUGCAGACUUUGGAAUGAUCCAAAAUGGAAAAGCCAGUUAGAGGCUCUCAAAGCUGUGAAAAAUCAAAACAUUGAUCACUUUAGCAGGUCGCAGCUUGGAGUGUGGAGGUCCUGCCUAGAUUCCAGGAGGUCCAGGGCGAUGCUGCUCUUCCUGCAGGGUGGGAUUUGAGCUGUGAGUAGGUAACUUGCAGGGAGAAAGAUUAACUUUUUUAACCCUUUAAAAUUUUAAAUACUAACUGGGUCUUUCAGAUAGCAAAGCAAUCUAUAAACACUGGAAACGCUGGGUUCAGAGAAGUGUUACAAGAGUUUUAUAGUUUGGCUGAUCUAACAUAAACAUUUUCGGUGGUGCACUGUCUGCUGUUUAGAACUUCGUGGACUGCUCUCCCAAGAGGUGGUGUCAGAAUCUUUCAGUGCCUUUGUCAUAAAACAGAAUUGUUUGAACAAACAAAAGUACUAUACAAACACACAUAAGGUAUCCAGUGGGUUUUUCUUCUCUCUUUGCCUCUUAAAUUUCAACAUCUCUGUUCUAGGCUGCUGCUGUUUUCUUCAUUUUACAUUAAUGACUCAAAAUAGGUAUUCUUAUAGGAAUUUUUGCACUGCAGCAUGCCUCAUGAGGGGAAAAGGAAAGGUGAUUCACUUUCUGACAAUCACUUAAUUCAGAGGAAAAUGAGAUUUACCAAGUCGACUUACCUUACCGACCCCAGAGACCUAUUGCAUUGAGCAAUGGGGACCUAAUAUAUUUUACUUUGUGUGAUUGCAUCUGUGCAGACGCCAGUCUGGAAGAGCUAAAAUGUUAAGUUUCUUGGCAACUUUGCAUUCGCACAGAUUGUGUAAUUCGUGUGUGUCAAUUACAAUUAAAAGCACAUUCUUGGACCAUGACAUAAGAGUAUACUCAACUGACUUUAAAACUAUGGUCAACUUGCAUUCUCAGAAUGAUAGUGCCUUUUUUUUUCCUUUAGCAUAAGAAUGUUAUCAGAGUCUGGUCUACUUAGCACAAUGGAGACUUUUUCAAUUUUGUAGAGGGAACUAAGGACAGCUAAUCCAACUACUUGGUGCAUAAUUGUUUCCUAGUAAUUGGCAAAGGCUCCUUAUAAGAUUUCAUUGGAGGCAGUGUGGCCUGGAGUAUUUAUAUGGUGCUUAAUGAAUCUCCAGAAUGCCAGCCAGGAGCUUGAUUGGUUAGUAGGGAAUAAAGUGUAGACCGUAUGAAAUGAACUGCAAACUCUAACAGCACAGGUCUUAAUUGCCUUUUGCAGAGGUAUCCAGAGCUUUUAAAAUUUAUGCUUUAUGUUCCUCACAAGGGGGUACCCCCUAGCAGCCUCUCAAAAGUUGGAGUUCUUUUAAAAUUGUACCCUUUUUCUUAACCCGCCUUAGGCCUUCUAAUCACCAGAUCUCUAGGACAAAUUGUUGACCAUGUCACAGGUUCCUCUCCCUGCAGCUCAUACCUGUCUUUGCUUCGGCAGCUGCUUUGUAAUGACUCAUUUAUUUAUUUAUUCAUGCUCCCCCCCCACUCCCCACUUUUUCAAACAGGUAGGAAAGCUUUUAUCACAUUUGUUUGUGGAAAAACAUUUCCAGGGACUCAAAAUUCCAAAUAGAUGGUCAAAUUCUGGAAAUAAGCAUGUCUAUUUUUUGUUUAUUUGAGCUUUAUGCCCAUGGCUUGACAUUUCCCUUCCUUCUUUCCUCUGUUUUUGCGUGGUUCUUGAGCUGUCUAAGAUGAAGGUGCAUGUAAGGUCUGUUGUGUGUCUUGGGGCUUUGGAGACAGACACAAAGUGGGCAUGGGUGGCCCCUGCUGUGUGUGCUGAGCCUGAGUACCUUGGCUGGACUCUGGGUCAGCGCUCCAGGAGCAUGAGAAACGGUCCCCAGCAGGGCCAGUUGAACUCCAUCUGAGACUCCAUCGCUAUGAAAUGUAACAUGUGAACUCCUCGUGCCGCUUGCAGACAGUUCCCAUAGCUGGCCAGGGCCCUGGAGCAUGCACCCAGGGGCAGAGCCUGCCCUUACUCACGCUCCGCUUGAGUGUCUUGGGAGUUGUGCAGAGACUCUGGCCCAGGAAAGGGAGGAAAGACUGUGCAGCGGGGCGCUGGCCUUGCUGUUAGCGCGUAGGGGUUUGUAAUGCAGUUUUCUUUGUCAUGUUUCAGUGAUUGUGUGUCCAAGGCAGCACCUAGCAGAGGGCCAGGCACAGAGUAGGUGCUCAGUAUUCGUGAAUGAUGAAACAACAAUAAUAACCAUAAAAGGACUUGAGUGACCCUGGCCACCUGAGUCUGGAGCCAGCGCCCUGACCACUUUCUGGAUUUUAACAUGUCUCUUCCCCAUCUCUUGCCUUCUCAGGGGAAAGUGUGUUUGAUCAGAAGUGGCCGUUGGUGCAGACUGGAUUAGUAGCCUUAGCAAUGUCACAGGGUUUGAGGCCUUUUCUUUCACAUUCCGGACAAUGGGGAGUAUAAUAAAUUGUGGUUUCAGGAAAGAAGCCUUAUGGCUGAGGAGUCAGUUACCAAUUACCUUGAAGCAACUCCAUCACCUCUUUAGUUGAUAUUUGUUUUAAGAAAAAAAAAAAAGUUAAUUAUCGGCACAUUUAUUGAAUGCCAACUGUUUGUAAAGCCCUGUGUCAGGUAUCUUAGGGAAUGUCAUGGAGGAUGGGCUCUGUUCUUCUAACUCACCUAGACUGGGCAUGCUCCUGGGUCGGCUGAACUUUGCUUUUGAUUUUGGGAAGCAGCAGGGGCCUCUGUUUCACUGUCUCCACCCCAUAAACCUCUUCCUGGGUCUUGCUACCUUUAACACAUCUUUCAUCCCUUCCCAGGAUUCCCUGCAAAUCAAUUACAGGGGAUUUGACAGAAAGCAUCAGCUCUGUUUCUUGACAUUCUCCUUGGAAAUCCCCUAGGAAGACUAUGAAAAUUGGCUGUAAGGGUGUGAGCUCCUACAUCUAAUAUGGCUUUGGGGGCAGGCAUUUCGGGGCUUGGGGUGUUCCAUGUGACUUGUACAGAUGAAUUCGCAGACAGCAUCUUGCUAGGGAAAAGGUUAGGGUUGUUUUUCUUUCUGUGAAAUCUAGAAUAAGUAGGUAUGACGUAGCUUCCUACGAAAUCCCUUGGCCUCCAGAGAGUUUAUUCAACAGGGCCCAUGAAUACCUCUGUCCAGUCUCCUCUCUGGCACACUCCUUUCUGCUCCUUCAUAAAAGCUACAGCUCAAGGUGGAGGAACAUGGGGCAGGGUGGAAGUGGCCUGAACCGUCUGGUUAGGCUAUUUGGUUGAUUCAUAUCCUUUUUCCUCUAUGGAGACCCGUUUCCUGAUCUCUGAGACGGCUUCUGAGCUGGCAGCUUGCUCAGGGACCUGAAACCGGAGAAGGGGUGACACUUUUUAUUUUCCUGAAAUGCUGUCUGACUUUCCCUUCCCCGGUCACUCCGUCACCUGCACCCCCAAACCCGGAAUCUGGGAAACUUCCGUAUCUAAGUUCUGAAUUGUGACUUUACCAGCAUCCCCAGCUCUGUCCUCGCUGGUCCCCCUCACCUUUCUGGUCACUGAAUUCAGUGCUUACUGUGUUGAGAACCAAGCUGGGACCUGAGGAGGCAAAGAGGAACUCGACAGUCUCAGCCCUGGAGGGCAGACUCAAUUUAAGGGGAUUUCACCAGGGUGGUGCAGUCUUUGGCGUCUGGUGAGGUGGCUACAGCAGCAGUUAGGGAAGAGAGCCCCAGAGCACAGGAAGGAGCCCCCAGAAUUGAUCUACAUCCUGAAUUUCAUUCUGUGAUGGAGGAGAUUGGAGAGAGUUGCUAUUCUAGCCAAUUAUGUCGAGUCACUGGACUCUGACAGCUCUUUUUGUUCCUUUAUUGUAUUUCGGUUCAGAGUCUCCGUCUGGGUUUGUAUUAUGUCUGGCAGAGGACCCAGGUUAUCAUUUUUCCUCUGGGCCUAGGUCAUAGAUCUUGGAAACUCCUACAAGAGCAUUUUGCUCCUACCCAGGAUCAGAUACCAGAGCCUUAAAUAAUGGAUUUUGUUUCACUGUGGGCUGGUCAGGGCUCUGCUGCUGCCUCUCACCAUGCACGUGUGCAGUGAUGGCCCGCUGGACGUCACCAGGAGGGAAGUAGCCCCGGAUCCCCCAGCAGGCCUCUUCCUCUUGGUAAGCCCCAUUGCCCGAUAGUAGCCUGUUUCUGUUUCUGAUUCACCUUAUUUCCCUUCUUCUUUGUACCCGCAAAUUCCCAGUAUUCACCCAGGCAAUUUGUAGAGGACCUGUUUGGGGUCCUGUAUGAGUCGUGUCCUCCAAGCUUUUGUAGCUUCCUGAUCUGCUAUAAUAUUCCAUACAUGACCACUGUCAUCCCAGAAGGCCUCUGAGAAGAGGCAGGAGCAGCUCACUCCUGAAGACUGGGUCCAUCUUCUCUCCCAUCCUGCUGGUGGCCUCAGGCCCCAGUUUGGCCGUGGGCUCUGGGAGGGGAUGCUGCUUUCUAGGACUCUCCCACCAUGGCAUCUAGGUGGUUCUGAAUUUUUUCCUACCUCACAGGGAUGUUAUGAGACUUUAGAAGGUCUGAGGAUGAAGGCCCUUGAGCUCUUUGUAGGAAAGGUGGAAUAUAUAUCGGGUGUGAUCUGUGAAAAGCUGAGAUGUGACUCAGCCUGCUCAUGCAGCACUCAGGCUAGUGCUCUGCGGCCUUUCUUUGAAUCCCCCUGCUACCCUGCCACCCCAGCCACCUUGAGACCGACCUGGGGGACUUUCAGAUGUUUGACAUAGAGGUACCAGGUAAACCCCUGCUACACACACCCGGAGUAAGUUGCUGAACAUCGAAGGAAACGGACCCUGCUUUUAAGGAUGUACAAACGUUAUGUCUGCAUCCAUGUCUGUACUGUAAAUUUCUAAUUUAUCACUGUACAAAAAAAUAAACUUUGCUAUUUAAUUUUUGUAUUAAAGGAAAAUAAAGUUUUGUUUAUUAA